GAUGAUUUUAUGGCAAUCGUCGCCGUUUGAAUGAGAAGGAGCCAGACUCUUCCUUCAGUCUCCUGACCUCGUUACUUUCUCACCAUGGUUUGAUGAGAGUGCCCACACAGUAAUAGAAUGGAACAAGUAAAGAAUCAACAACUGGAUGCCCUUGUCUCUCCAUUCCUCGAACAGUUAUUUGUUAUUAGAGAUCGGCAGUCCAACCACGGAAAAGCAACCUUGGGACGAAACCUCAGGUGGCCUUUCCUGAAUAAGACAGAAUCCCUCAUUGCAGGUUAGCGCCACCGAGGCAGGCCAACUGCCCUUGUUGCUUUUUAUUCCUAGCCUUGAACCUGCUUCUCUUUCAAUCUAUCUUCUCAUCUUCACCUCACAGCAUUCAAGUGGUUGUCGCCCAAUGGAUAUUUUGACCAUUCCUCCACCGGCCACUAGGCGAGAACAACAUGCUGUCAAUCUUGACUUCAAAGUCCCACGAGCGCUCAUCGUACAAGAAGAAGACCUUGAACCCUACCAAAGCCCUUUGAAUGAAGCGAACUUGAUAACACAUACCCAUAUGUGCCCGUCGUCUCGUGAAACAAAGGCGCAAUUGAUAUUAUGUUUCGUCAACAUGCAACAAACUAUACUUAAGGCUGAGGCUGAAUUGAGAGAAACCGCUUUAACACAAGCUCAAGAGUUGAUACCCCUUGAGGCACCGGGAAACUCGGAAUUGAUUCGUGACACCAUUUGCGAUCCUAACAAGACCAAACUUUCUCUUGGCCACAGCAUUCGCAACAAUACUUCAGCCAGUUCUCUGGGUGUCAACAGGCGUCGUACCACUGUUUUGACCGAUGUCAUGGAAGCUCAUGAAGAAGGGAACGAAAUGUGGCAUGAACAAUCUAAAAGGCGAAGGUCCAGCCGGUUUAUCAACCUGUUUGAAAAACUAUCAGAACCUUUGAAAUUACUAACAAGCAAGUCAACUAAAACAUCUUUUAUGCUUUCUGGAUCAAAAGCGCUCGCUCAACGUCGACAAACACAACAACAUGGUGUGAAGGAAGAUUAUGACUCAGGUAUCAGUGUCACAUCGCCCAAAUCAAAAAGAAAUUCCAUUGGAGGAAUAAGUCUUCACAAAGGCAGGUCCGUCAACAAGCUGAUCGGUUCCUACUCGGAGGUCACUGAUGAUUUCGCAGCAUUUCGAUACCCCAAGAUGGUUCCAAUCAAUCCAAAUGAACGUGAACUGAGGCGACAUUCAACAACAGAUAUUGGCUAUUUGUCAACCGCUUGGGAAUAAUCCCAGAUCAGCCAGAACCUAUCUCAUCUGUGUAGCCCAUUUUUAUCUUUUUCUCCUGUUAUCUUUCUUUUCGCACGUAUCAGCAGCUAUUCUUUUCCCCUGUACAUUAGAUUACUUACGCUUAUUUUAUCGAAUUCAAAUAAUGAACAAUGUGACCAAUACC